AUGGGUUGCUGUGGGUGCAGUGGGGGCUGUGGCUCCAGCUGUGGGGGCUGCAGUUCCAGCUGUGGGGGCUGUGGCUCCAGCUACUGUGGGGGCUGUGGCUCGAGCUGCUGUGUGCCCGUGUGCUGCUGUAAGCCCGUGUGCUGCUGCGUGCCCGUCUGUUCCUGUUCCAGCUCGUGUGGGGGCAGCAAGGGUGGCUGUGGCUCGUGUGGGGGUAGCAAGGGCGGCUGUGGCUCGUGUGGGGGCAGCAAGGGUGGCUGUGGCUCUUGUGGAGGCAGCAAGGGCGGCUGUGGCUCGUGUGGGGGCAGCAAGGGCGGCUGUGGCUCUUGUGGGGGCAGCAAGGGCUGUGGCUCGUGUGGGUGCUGCCAGUCAUCUUGCUGCCAGCCCUGUUGCUGUCAGUCGUCUUGCUGCCAGCCCUGUUGCUGUCAGUCGUCUUGCUGCAAGCCCUGUUGCUGUCAGUCGUCUUGCUGCAAGCCCUGUUGUUGUCAGUCGUCUUGCUGCAAGCCCAGUUGUUGUCAGUUGUCUUGCUGCAAGCCCUGUUGUCAGUCGUCUUGCUGCAAGCCCUGUUGCUCUCAGUGUGGCUGCUGUGAGCCCAUCUGCUGCCAGUGCAAGAUCUGA